AAGGAGUUCGCGGUCGCCAUCAUCUACAGCGCGAAAAAAAAUAGUAUAACGCCCGUCUCGUUCGCGAUCGCUUUCCCGAUAAAAUACGAGUUUUUAUUAUAAUUUUUUUUUUUUCCCUGUGAAUUUUUCAUUAGUGUAUUUCCCGUCGUUUGUCGAACGGAAUUCUCGUUCCAGCUGCGUUAUACAGCCCGUAUUUCAACGGCGAACGGAAAAACAACCGACGUACGAUUUUCAUUUCUUUUUUUUCUUUUUUCUUUUUUUUUUUAUUAAAUUUCCGCCGAUCGCCGCGACACCCACCCGACAGUACAAUAUCCAUUAUACGGUUUGACGGAGACCGCAUCACCAGCCGACGUUUUACACCAUGGUAAGUUGUGCGCGCGCGUGCGUUAUGCGCAUUCCGCCGUUUGUACGGUGACCGUAUGCACCGGGAGUGUUUUAGAUUCCGAACGGGCCGCUGGGACCGCGGAUGUAUCGGUUUCACGACGAUUAAUAUUUUUCAUAUUUUUUUUUUCUUCUUCUUCUUUCUUUAUCCGCGGAGGUUAGGUUUUACCCGCGAACCAAACCCAACCGUCCGCGAACGACUUUUCCGCCGGAAACUUCUCGCCCCGAAAGGAAUAUUUCCCGCGGCGGUAUACAUUCGGAAGGUCGUUUUUCUCGCUUUCCCGGGGGUUUUCAUAAUAUACGGGGAAAGACCGUAGGAAACCGGGGAAAUUUACGGAAUUCGUUUUUUAUUCAAAUCGCGCCUAUACAUAUUACGGCCUUUUAAAAAAACUCCGCUCAGAUUCGUUAACAGUACAUUGCAUUUCCCCUUUACCCUCUCAACUUCUCGCCUACAACAGUGGCCAGCCCGUCGUUCGGAGUAUAUGUCUGUGCGUUUUUUGUUAUUAUUAUUAUUAUUAUUAUUUUUCUGUUUUCUUGCUAAUCCCGUGCGCGCGUACAUUGUCACGUACGUAAGUCAUAGGCCCCGGUUCCAUUUCGAAUCUAUCAUAACAUUCGAUUUAUUUUUCGAAAACAACGAUUGUUUUUCCAGUUUAACGUUCAGUUACCUCGUCAUGCAUACGUCAUUUUAUUUUACGAGUACCUGUGUAUAGGCGGUUGUACCCGUGAUAUAGGUAUACCACGGUACAUCAGUUACACCGUGUUACACGAACAUAUUAUUACGUUGUUAUGCGUAUAGGUAUUUUCGCAUUAACGACAUUACCAGAGUUUUGGUACACGUGAAAUCUCAACUGCGCAAAUAAAAACCUAAUAGAUACCGAUGUACAAUAUAUAUAAUACCUUCUUGUAACAAAAACCUGUUACAAUAUUAUAAUAAUUUUCUAACCAAACUCUGUAUUAUAUUCUGUACGCGCGAGAAAACGUUUCAAUACGCACGUGCGACCUAUUUGGUUUAUGAAAAUUCGCCAUCGCUUAAUAAGUAGGUACUUACUAUGGGGGGUUUUUUUUUCGCAUUUAUAUUGUUAAUUAGUACCUAUGAUAAUAUAAUGCGAUUACCCGAGCACCGCUCUUUGGUCGAACAAACCGUUUUAUAAGAAUUCUACGUAUUACAUAGUUUUUCCCCGCCGUCCAAUAUCGUGGGUAAUUUCGCAUACACGUUUAUUCCAUUUACUCCUCUUUGAACAACGGAUUUAUAUUACAAUACGUUUUUCAUCGAGUUAUUGUGAUGCGUAAACAUUCGGGUGUUAUAAUAGGUUAUAAUAAUUUUGUUCGAAUAUAAUAAUAUUUUCUGUGGCUUUUUGAAGUGGACAGUAUAUUAUUAUAUUAUAUUAUAUAUUGUGUACGCAGUUAGUUAUUUGAGAAGUAAAUCGACAGUCUGAGGACAUAUUCCAUACCUAUUCCGCGAUAAAGGGUCAACGAUACGAAAAUAUAGUAUUAUAUUCUAUAAUGUAAUUAGAGAAAAAUUAGUUUGAAAAAAAAAAAAAAAUUUCAAAAACGGUAAUAGAAAUUUAAUGCAAAAAUUACGUUAUUUUAUUUUUUAUGAUAUUUCGCGUCACAGGUAUAUUUUCAAGUUAAUUUUUUCUUGCAAUAACAAGUCAUAUAACGCAAUAGUAAAUCCUAUUGGAUAUUUUUCGAAUUGCGCGCGCCUGGGCUACAGUAUAAAUUACAUAUAGUUAUAACAUUAGACGGAAUCGUGAACUGAAAUAAAUUUUCGAAAAAAUGCAAACUAUUCGCCCUGAUCAAUCCUCGAUAACACACUUGUCGACUCGGAAAGUGUCAGUUUUUAUCGACAUCUUUUUUCAACAACCGAGCGACUCUUGAAUGUAACAUUACUGUUAUUUUGUGUCGCCCUUAUUUUCGGAUGCAAAACCGCUAUACCCGCAUUUGAUUUUAUAUGCAUAGAAAAAAAAUCCAUAAAUAGAUAAAAUUUUAGUCUAAUAAUAUUUCGGUGUUGACAUUUUUAAUUUCCGUCAAUCCGUUCACGAGAUAUUCCACUGUUAAAUUUUGGUAGGGGAGAGUAGUUGAGCACUCUCUAAUACAACCGGCCGUAAUACGCCAAUAUAACUCUCUCCCCUCCCCCGCCCAAAUAUUAAAAAGUGAAAUAUCUCGUCAACGGGCUGAUACGGAAUUUAAAAAUUUCAACACCGAAAUGUAUUUAAACUAAAACUCAGUGUGUUCAUAUUUCGGCAAUAUGGAUUGUUAUUCGAAAACGAAAAUUGGAUAGCGACGGUUUCAUCCCCCGCAAUAAUUGUGUGACCUAAAAAAAAUAACGGUUACGUAACACUUUAGAGUUAUUUGUUUCGCGAAUAAUACGAACAAAUUCAAUACUUUCAGAGAUAAUGGGCGACUCGUCGGGGAUUGAUCACUCCGUACGAUCAAUAUUCCGGUAUUGGUAAAUAUGACUGAUAAGUCAGGGGUGCAUGGUUAUGGAUAAUUGACGAGUGUUCUGCUGACUGUCGGUUAUUCGUAACAAGAGCGAAUCGGGGUGUGGAAAAACGAAUUUAACUAUGGUAGUCACUUCGCGACGAGCGAGAAUUUAACCCCCGCCACAUUCCUCCAUUCACUUACGCCCCUGGAUUAGGCGUGGAUCGGGAGAUAGGUACCUGUACAUAUAUAAUACGUAAAUAGUGAUGUAUUAUCGUCGUUUCAUUGCCGUGACGUUAUUCUGUGUCGUACGUGUUCGAAACGAUACCUAUUUUUUUUUUUUUUUUUUUUUUUUUUUUUUUUAACGACGUUAACGCAUUGCUGCGGUAUAUUAUACAGCGACCCGCUGGAUUUUUCCUCGUGAAUCAGUUGUUAUAUAUUGUUUAUGGCCCGGCCGCGUUUGCUGUAUAAUAUCGUAAUAAUAAUAAUAAUAAUAAUAAUAACAAUAAUGCCAAAGCGAGUGGGUAUAUGAUUCGAAUUAAAAAAGUACAAUACGGUUUUAUGAUAUUGAUAUUGUUACUAUUAUUAUUAUAUUCGACGGCGUAAGAAUUAUAACUACGAUCUUACGUCAUGGUAUUAUGGAUCACGAGACACCGGAGUAACGCAAUCGCGCAAGUCGUACGUUACAGCAGUGUGUGUAUAGUUACAAUAUACAAGUACAACAGCGUCGAGUGAGCGGUGGGAGGGGGGCCUUCCUCCCCAAUUAUUGGACUCGCCGACGUUUUUUUCGGGGUUUUUUUUCUCGCCAACAACCGGGGCGAACACAAUAAAAACAACGUUGCGUUUCGUAACGUCGUCGUACGGUACUGCGUUUCGUUCGAAUUUUCGGUAAAUUUAUAGGAAAAAAAAAAACGCGUCAAUAUACCUAUAUUGUGCACGGAUAAAAUCGCUUUUUUUUCUCUCUCUCUCUCCCCCGCUCUCGCGUUAACCGUUUUGAACCGAUUUCCAGCCGCCGACUCCGGCAACGGCCUGCCCGACGACCCGCCGCGAAUUCCCCUUCCCCCGCCCCGAAUCCCGCCGGGAAAAGCGAGAACAACGGCUCGCGGAAAACGCAUUUUAUUUAUUAUUUUUCUGUUCGUUUUCCCAUCGCCGAAACUAUUGCGCGCCUUGUUCGUCGUCACUAUUAUUAUUAUUGUUAUUAUGUCGCCGUACGAUUCGAUAUUGUCGCCGUUCUCGCGGUCGUUGUCGUCGUCGCGGUCGCGUCGUCGUUAUUACAAACCACGACGACCGCCGCCACGCCGUUGCGCAAAUCGUAACCGCGCCGUCACCACAACACGCGCUCACGGUUCACUAAACCGUUUUUUUUUUUUUUUUCUAUAUUUUUUUAUUCAUAAUACUAUUAUUUUGCUAUUAUUAUCGUUAUUACAUUACAGCGGGUAAUACACAACUGCCCGAUGUAACACGCCCCGUUAUCAUUAUCGUAUUGCUACACGUUCGCGCGCGAUAACGUGAUCGUCAUUGUUGUUAUUCGGGAUAAGUAUUUGCCAAUCGCCGCGACUCAUGUCCGGCCCGCGGUCUUUGCCGCGUUGCGAAAUCGCCGACAAUAAUAAAAUGUCUCGGGCUCCGUAGGCAACAACGUAUUACGAUAUUGUGAUAUUGUUACCGUUAUCAACAGCGACGUAGAAUACGAGUAAUCCGGAAGACAUUGCGUCGUUCGACGAUCGGAUUUUCGUCACGCGUAAAAUAUUUCGUUUUCGCGUGCCGUACUGUCACAAUAGCAUAACGCGCGGUGCGACCGGGCUUGCAUACCGGGUUGGGUCCGGUUAUUCGGACAAAGCGACGCGGCCGCCCCCGUCCCCUCGUCGUUUCAAAACCGUAGUGUCGCAAUCGCGUGAUAGUUCCCCGCGGGGAAGUGUGCGUCCCGACCGACUGCACUGCGCGGGCGUUCCGUCCGCGAAAUGUUGCGCGCCCGCGGUACUGGGACCCGUAUUAUAGCACGCGCGAUUUUCGAAAAGGGACGACGCCGAGGGGAAAGAUACGGGACGUAAGCUCCCCGACCACCCCCCCGGGACGGUUUUAAAUAAUUCUCUCGCGCGCACUCCCGCCCCCCUACUAUACAGAUAUUUUUGAAGUCUUCGUUGUUUUUUUUUUUUUUUUCCGCGUCACUUUUCAUUUUCGAUUAAUUUAUUCAAUCGAAAACAAAAUUCGAAAAAAAAAACGUCCGUUUUUCGUCGAGUUUAAACGUUGAACAAUCUAUAGGUAUUAGCGAACAGGUGCAUAUUUGGCCGACGAGACGUAUCAAAGCGCCACGUCCCUCCGCGUACGCCCCUCCAUACCUACCUACGAAACGUCGUACGGUUUUGACAUAAAGAAAAUUACCGUCACUGACCUAGCCAACGGCGAAAACGUAAGCACGGCGAUUUAUUAUAAUUUUUUUUUUUUUUUUUUUUUUCAAUAAUAAUACACCGUUCGUUUUCAUUCGUCACGUGUGUACUGUGAUAAGUUGACGUCACCUGACCAAACAUUACGUUUCUCGUGCACGACACCUCUUUGUCUCCCCGUAUAUAGUACGUAACACUUAAAAAAAAUACUGUUAUUAUUAUUCGAAAACGCCACGUGGCUACCGUAAAAGUGCAAGGUGAUUUUUUUUACACACUCAAUUUAAUCUUUAUCUCGGUAAAUUCAAGAGGCGCGCGCAGUUCAUAAAUGUCCACGUUACUUUAUUAAAUCGUGGGGUCGCGGCCCGGGAAAUAUGAAUUGAAAAACUUGCCGCUAACACCGAGCGUCGACCUUUAAAAUGUGUAUAACAAAAAGAAGGUUUAAGGUCGACGUAUGAGGUAUUCAAAAGCGAAACUCAUAUUGUUAAUAACACAUGUAAUAUGGUGGAAAAUAAUUAUUACCUAUGCAAUAAAAUAAUAAAGUAAAAACGAAAUUAUUAAAAUGGUUAAUACUCGUAAAUAAAUAAUAUAUUUAUUUACUACAUUUAAUUAAUAUGUUAUUAACAUUUAAUUUUAGAUUCUGAGCGUAGCGAGAAAUGUAUUUGUUUUACAAUGAUAUUUAUUUUUUUUUUUCUGUGAAAAACUUUCUGUUCAACUUUUCUACCAGAAAUUUUGCUCCGAAUUUCAAGCCUAGGCACUUUUUCUGGAAGUAAAUCUGACUGGAGUGGUGCCUACCAUAAGGAUGUGACUUUUUGAUUUUCUCAGAGGUUUUCAUAAUAAAUGGGAAAACCGGGAAAAACGGGGAAAUUUAAGAAGUGUAUUAUUUUCAAAUCAUAAAUAUUACGGCCUUUCCAAACAUUUUUAACCGAACUCUGUUCAAAAUCGUAUUCCGUUAGCAAUGACUCGCGAUCGUCGCGUACAGAUAUACAUUGAAUUUGCUCUCUAUCUUCCCAACUUCUCGCCUAUAAGGCUACAACAGUGGUCCACCAAUCGUACGAAACGUGUCCGAUUUUUUUUUUUUAUAUAAUAUUUAUCGAUUUUUUUUUUAAAAAAGUAAAAUAUUACGAGAUUAAACUAGAAACAAUGUUUUAAUUAAUUUUAAACCUAACCUGAAAUAUAGGACCCGGUUGCUUUGGUCGGGCCCGCACGGAUCAAAGGCGCAAAUAUAUUUCAUUCGAUGGAAUAGAAUUUUACCGAGGGUGCUAAAACCACCCUUAAAUUAGAUAAUUAACGAUUGAUAUAUUAAUAAGAGGGCACUUUUAUUUUUUUCAAAAUGUACGACUACGUAUUACACGCGGCACUGGCACACAACACAAUCAGAAUGUACGAUACGAUACGCAUAAUGUACAUAAAUCGCGUGUAAACAAUAAUAUAGCGGGCCCCGUAGGGUGAUUGCGCCGGCAGGCCCCCACCCCCCCCUCCCCCCCAGUUCUAACACCGGUGAUCUCUAAUCGUGUGCGUUUUAUAUAUUAUGAACGCAGAACAAGCAGACGAGCGCAGCGACGAUGGUGUCUGUACUGUUGUUGGUGAUCGGCGCGUUCGUGACGUCGUCGUCGGCGGGAUUCAACGCGGACGACGGGUCGACGGACUAUUUCCGCGGUCACGAAUCAAGCGGCCACCACGGCGGCGGCGGCAGCAGCAACAAACAACUGCCGGUGAUAUUGAUGCACAAACAAGCGCUGCAACAAGACGGCGGGUUCCAGUACGCGUUCGCGGCCGACAACGGUCUCCGGCAAGGCGAAUCGAUUCGGCCGGACGGCAGCCGGACCGGGGCGUACUCGUACACGGACCCGGACGGCAAAGAGAUUUCCGUCAAGUACACGGCCGGCAAGGACGGGUUCCGCAUAGUGCAGGGCGACCACGUGCCGAAAGCGCCGGCGUCCGUGGCCGCGCCGGCCCUCCCCGCGGCACAGGCCGUGGCGGCUUACUCUCCGCCGGUGCCCGGUCGGAGCAGCGCGUCCGGAAAGAAUAGGUGAGUACCGCUUCGACGGCGAUUUUACUUAUUGAGCCGGAUCACCCGCGCACUAUAUCACUUAGCGGAGCGAUAAUCCCGCGCGUCAAUCCGCGGCAGCGCGAGACGUUGCGCAGAACACUCGGGUUAUACAUUGUUGACACGGACCAAUGGUGACAAUGCGCGGCUCGAUCGUGUGCGGGGCGCGAUCGGGCCGGGCACGGGGAUUCCGGCCGGUUCGCAAUUCGAUCGGGUUCCCAAAAGCGUGUCGAACGAAUCGAGAGAUUGCCCACCGCCGCCGUUCGUUUUGCCGCGGGAACUGUAAUAAAAAUAACGCCGGCCUCCUCCGCCGCUGUCUUCGGGGCCCAGUUUCGCAACAAAUUUCCGCCCGACCCCCCCCCCCGCUCACGUUCGCGCGGGUAAACAACCCGUGUUUAAACGCUUUCUUUUAGUCCGCCUUACCCUCCUCCUCCCCUCUGAAAAUCGCCACUUAAAACCGUUCAGAUUGUGUCACCGGCGGCGACGUUGCGCCGCCCGGCGCGAUAAUGUUGUCCCUUUCGCUGUGCGAACGCGGGCCGCUGCGGUGCGUCAGCGCCCCCGCUGUCUACACGUCACCGCGGUGGGACGGGUGGCGGGGUGGGGGGGUGGCGGUCAACGAAUCGCUGGCGGGGACGGCGGUGAGGGGAACGUAUCACGCGGCCUCGGUCAGGUCCGGGGAAAGAAACGAAACGCGGCAGAAAUCGCGCGUAAAAAUGCGAUUUACCGGAAACAACCCUACUCGUCCCGCUCUCGACGGAUCCCGCCGACGAUCGGGUCAAGAAGCGUGUCGGUAUUACUUACGUCCGUUUUACUUACGCUCCACUUUACCAUUUGCGGUGGCGUCCGUGUGACGCGCGCGCGCAGUCGCAGUCAAUAUGCGAUUUCGACACCGCCAUCAUUAACGACGGGCUGGACGCGAAAAACGACAUCUAUCGGCAAUGUCGAUUACGUUACACGUGACAAUUUUAAUUACGGCGGUUAAUGUGCGCGCAUCGUGACCCCGGCGACAAUUUAUUAUUGACGGGCGAUCCAUUAAAAUCAAUCGUACGCGUUAACGUGACAACGCGACAUUACACGCGUGUUAUUAUUAUUAUUACUAUCGACGAUUUUAAUGAUCCGCGGCGCGUUUUUCGAGUUUACCGUCCAACGAUAUUUCAAUGCGCCGUGCGCCGCGCCCGACGUACGACACCGGCAGCGUUUCGCCCGUAGACCGCUAGACACGUGAAUAAACGUGUACGGCCGCGUAGGUAACGACAACGCACGACGGCGCGGACAAACGAAAACAAAUAAACAAACGGUAAGACCGGAACGUACGCCGAAAACGCCGAGAGAAAAAAAAAAAACCCUCGUUUCGCGUCCGCCUCCCGCCACUACCACCACCACCCCGACGUUUAUAGAGGGAUCCCGAACGGAAACUGUCCGCGUCCGGUUUUUUCUUUCCCCCCCCCCUCGCUCGUACCAAGUGAUGUCGGCCGGCGGACGCGCGGUGACGUCUCGGAUAAUUACCGAUUAUUUGUUAUUUUUUUUUUUUCGCCCCCUCCCCCCCGACUCGGUUAAUCCGGAAUAUAUUGCCGCGGCCGAACGGCCAACUGCGAGUCGGGACGGCAGCACGAUAUUACCGUGAAGACGGUCCGAUAUUCGCGAAUCCGAACCGACGACGCGGUUGCGCUACGUCGAUAUUCUGGCCCGGAAACGAUGCUCGGGGCCUGAAGGUAAUAUAACAUCGCAACAGUCCCCGUGUACCCGUGCCCGAUGGUCGCGUGCGCGUCCGUUCGCUUUCUUCCCCCGUUUCAAUAAAAAACCGGGGCGCGCCGUAGGGAGUCGGCGAGUAAUAAUUCCGGACCGUUCCGGAGACAGGUAAACCCCCGGUAACUCGCGCGCCGCGCGUCCGCUAUCAAUAAACGCCGCGUUAUACCGUGCGGUAUUGUAAUUUUUUUUUUGUUUUUUUUUUUUCGUCUCCCGUAUAAUAAUAGCCAGACGUAUAGACAGUCUCAUUAAAAAUGUUUAACAACCCAAAAGACAAUAAAUGAAAAACGUAAAUUUUAUCAAGUACGCGAGUGUGCAUACGGUGUUGCGCUGCAGCCCGGAACAAUAAAACGGUCGGUCGUAAAACCGAAACGAACGCGUAUUUAUUUGAAGAAAAUAAAAAAAAAAAAACGAAAAAAAAAAUGCCGUUUUAUCGGUUUGUCGUAUUAUUAUUAUUAUAAUGAUAAUAAUAUUGUAAUGUUCCGUGUACGCGCACUCGGCGGGCGUGUUUUUCCGUACGUAUAGGUUCUAAACGCGCGUUUACGUAGCUCGCGAUUUCACAAACGGCGGGGGCGGCGGCGGUUGGGUAAGCGGCGCGGGCGUCGGUGCGGUGUGAUGGCGGUGGGGGUUGGGCGGCGGGGACCGUACGCGGAAUCCGAGGGGAAAAAAAAAAAAAAAAAACUGGGAAAAACGACGAAAUACAACGAAUACGUUGUUAUGAACGUCAUUGUUAUUGUCGUCAUCGCGCACGGGUGUGCGUCGCACAAACGCCGCGCGCCCGCGAUAUUUACGUCGCGAGCGUUUCGCGCGUCGCGUAUCCCCCCGCACCCUCUAAACAACUCCCAUCCACAUGACACACGGCGCGUUUCGCUUGUUUCGAAGAAAAAAAAAACCGUAAUAACGCCGGGGUCGCGACGGACGCGAAUAACGUCUCAAACGAAUGCCAGGACGACGGCGACGCGUACGCGGAACAAUCCGGUAGAACGAUCCGGAAUAUCCGCCCGCCGCGUACCGUGCAGUGCGUACCGCGGCGCCUGGCCGACCGGCUGUAGACGUUUGCCAGAGUUUCCCGAUGAUUUCGGAUAUUUUUUUUACCUACUCUUACUAAACGGGUCGGCGACAUUAAUUCCGUGCCGCGUGUACGUUGUGCAAACGACACGGGGGCCUGAACAUCUACCGAGUCCCCCCUCCCCCCCGAAGAAAAACGAAAAACCCCCUCGCUCGUCACACCGAGUCCGUCGACACGUCCGCCCAGUGUCUGAUCGCGAUUUAAUACCGUAGAGAAAUAAUUGCGUUUAACGAGACGGAUUCGAGUUUUUAAAACGUCGUUAAAAAUACCGGCCGCCGCUGCGCGCCGACUAAGCCGCGCCUCCUCCCUCCGGUCUCCGGAGACUUAAGGGGCCAAAGGGGACCGACAGUUUUACCUCGAACGGGACGGAUUUCGAAAAGACGUUUUUCGAUUUUAUCUGCAUGCGUGGUUACCGAAAGGAAUUCGAAAUCGAAUCACGGACGCAUCGCACGAGUUUGCCAAUACGGGAAUCGCAAGGCCUCAGCGAGAACAUUAUGGGAUGGAAAAUGGAGUGCCGUUAAAAUGCCCGUUUUCCCGUCCCGUGGCUAUCCCGGGCUGUCCACGGGUUUCGCGACAAUCGAUAUCGCCGAUAACCGAAUGAAAUUGAUAACGGCCGGUGUUCAUACGUAGGUACACACACACACACACACACAAACGGCCGGGUGGGGGUUUUUCGGUGCUGUGACACCCCCUCCCCGCUACACUGCUUUUUUCGGCUCACAGUAGUGCUGCGAAAUCCGUAGACACCCGGGACCCCCGUCUGCAAGACCCCCGCGUGUACGAUUUACUAAUAUUACAAUUGUAUUCGCGAACGUAUUGCAGGUUGUUCGGCGUGCCCGGCGGACCCGGUUCUCAGUUCAGCAGGGGCUCCGCGGACCUGAACGGCGCCUCGAAAUUCUACGGGAACAGCGCGGAGUCGUACGGUUCGCCGUCGCCGUACAAAUCGAAAUACACGAAGCCGCAACAGCACUACAGGGUGCGCGAAGACAUCAGCGCCGAGGCGCCCAGGUUCGACGACGACGGUUCGUCGUCGUUCGACGGCACCGGCGAUUACAGCAGUCACAGCCCGUUCCGGGCGCCUUCGUCUCCGGCCCACGGGCCCUACGCCAGCGCCGCGGCCGACAAUUCGCAGAAGGACGACGGGUCGUACGGCAGCGACGAACGGCAGCCGCACACGUUCGGCAGCGGGUACGCGUUCGAAUUCGGCGGUCUGAACAACGACGGCCCGUCGACGGAAUUCUAGACGAAAUGCCCGAUAACCGAUAUCAUUAUUGUCGUUACGUUCCGCUUUCUAUAUACACACACACACACACACACACACACACACAUAUAUGUAUACACUUCUAAAUACGUAUACGCGUACCCAAUACGACGUUUUUGUGUCGGGUCCGUCCCGAAACUGUAAAAGAGCCCCCCGGGAGGGGGGAGGGGAAACCGCUUAUAAUUUUCUCCGUCUGCGUGUACGGUAUCGUUUAGUAAAUAAACAAACGGCUAUUCCGUCGACGAUGUUAUUACCGUAAUGUUUUUUUUUGUUUUUUUCGUAAACGGCACGAUAAAACCGUACACCGUAUUUUUCGCACCGUAGGAAAUACCAAUUGUGUUAUGCACUUCCGCGGGAGCUUUUUUGUUUUUUUUUUUUUUUUUUAUUGUAUCAGUUUCGGUUUACGUUAUACGCAUACCGUUUAUACGUAUACAACAUUUUAGGUACGUUGCGUUAUCGCGACGAUAUUGUUUUCUAUUUGUUUAAGUGUUAUCACGCGUCACGUAUAAUCGUCGCGUUAUUACCGUGUAUGCCAAUAACGAUUGUACAUUUUUUUUUUUUAUUUUAUUAAAUUUUUACGGAAUAAAAGAAAAAAAAAAAAAAUAAAUAAUACUAACGGUAAUAUUUCAAUAA